AUGUAGAAUGCCAUUAUUAACAGUCUAAUAAUCGCGAAAAACUUUAUCAUUAAAUUAGAAUCGGGAUAUGUUCCUCGAACUGCAAUUUUAGAAUUGUAAUAUUAAAUGGCGAGAAAAGAUUUUUCUCAAACUGUAGUUUUAGAAUUUCAAUAUUAAUAAUAUUAGACUAAUGAGAAUUUGUUCUUAUUGUCAAAGAAAUGCAAUAUUAUCAAUAAAGGAAUAGAGAGAAAAUAUUUUAACACCUUAUAUUUUUUUUCCAUUUUUGACUAUCAAAAAUUGUUUUCUCAACUUUUACCUCCUAAAAAUGGUAAAUUUUGGAAAUUUUUAAAUUCACAAAUCAGGGGGGUGGUAUCUACAUAGUUUUUGAUUCACAAAUCCAGGGGUGGUACCUACAUAGUUUUUUGA